AGUAGAUAAUCAUAGAAUAAAAAAAAAUGUUUUGUUAAAUAAUCCACUACAUUGUUUUAAACUAGGUUGAUUAAUUAAAACAAAAGUAGUUUUCAUUAAAAAAUUUAAAAAAUGCUCCACUCCCAAACAGUAGGCGGCGGUACUUCAUUUUAACGAUGAUUGACUUCCUCCGUAAACCGGAAAAGAUAAAGACAGAGAAUCUGACCUUCCGCGGUAGGUUACUCCUGCAAGCAUGGCUGCCCGAGCACUGACCAAAGGACUGUUGGGGCUGCGGCAGCUGCGAGCUGUUACCACCGGAUACUCGUGUGGUGGACACCAAUAUGCUACCGCUACGUCCGCUAAACCUCUUCAACCUGCACACGACGACGUGUCAGAAAAGGUCCUGAGCCUGCCUCUGGACAAACCGGACUUUUUCCGUGUGGCUGAGCUCUUCUCGGUGAAAGACCUGUUCGACGCCAGAGUUCAUCUCGGACAUAAGCAAGGCUGCAGGCACAGACUUAUGGAGCCCUACCUGUACGGCUGCCGCUUGGACCAAGAUAUAAUCGAUCUUGACCAGACUGUGGAUCACCUUCAGCAAGCCCUGAACUUCACUGCCCACGUUGCGUACCGUGGCGGCGUCAUCCUGUUCGUCAGCCGCCGCCGUCAGUUCGGCCACCUGGUGGAGAGCACCGCUCAAGAGUGCGGGGAAUACGCCCACACGCGGUACUGGCAGGGGGGGCUCCUCACCAACGCCCCCAUCCAGUACGGCCCAGGCGUCCGCUUGCCAGACCUCAUCGUCUUCCUGUCCACCCUCAACAACGUGUUCCAGCAGCACGUGGGCAUCAGAGACGCAGCGAAGAUGAACAUUCCCACAGUGGGUGUGGUGGACUCGAACUGUAACCCCUGCCUCAUCACCUACCCCGUGCCUGGGAAUGACGACACUCUGGCUGCCAUGGAGCUGUACUGUCGCUUAUUCAAGAUGACCAUCAGCCGCGCCAAAGACAAAAGGCGGCAGAUGGAGCUGGUCCACGGCCUCACUGCUCCCUCCACGCCAAGCUCAUGACAUAUCUCCUGAUACAAGAGACAUUAAUUCAUGUGUAUUAAUGAGUUCAGACUGGCUGCUGCUCCCAUUCAUCAGCUAUAUUUAGAAAAGCUCUGAUGUUGGUGUAUGGGGCCUAGUUGAAUUAGCCAGUGCUGUCUUUGUAUAAAGACUGAAGUUGUGUAAAUGCAUCUUGUUUCCGUUUCAUGGGCGUCUCGUCGUAACUCAACAUUUUCCCCAUACCAGACCUGUAAGAGAGGAGGGUUGCAGAUGACUUGUGAAGGUAUAAAUUAUGUUGUGCAUCA